AUGGCUGUCUCUAGAAUUCUCACCCACUUGUUGACUAUCUUCCUCCUCGCAGGAACCACCUUGUUGCUGGUAUUUGUUGUUUUGUCAGGUGCAAGUGAUCACUUCCCUUUCAACAAGUUUUACUGGUUGGAGGCUGACACCACCAAAAUCACUGGUGAUGUCUCCAGAUGGACCUUCUGGGGUAUCUGCAACCCAAGCGGAAACACCAACGGUAACUGUACUUCUUCAGGUCCCGACUUUCCGCUGUCUCCAGUUGACAACUUUGGAACCACCAAAGGGUUGCCAACUGACUUCGUUGAUAACAGAGACGUCUACUACUACCUUACCAGAUUUUCGUUUCCUUUCAUCCUGAUCUCCCUGUGUUUCACUGGAGUUGCGCUCAUCUGCUCUCUGUUCUCUUUCUGCUGGAAUGCCAUGAGAACUGUCUUGGUUUUCUUCGUGUGUGCCGCUUUGCUGUUUGCUGCUGCAGGUGUUUCUCUGGAGACUGCAGCUGUCGUGCUUGCAAGAAAUGCAUUCAAGGACGAUGGUAUUUCCCAGAGUCUGGGAGCCUCCAUGCUCGGAAUCUCGUGGGGUGCAGUGGCUGCUCUGAUCGUGAUCUACUUCUUGGUGUGCUGUUCCACGCUGACAAGAGCAUACAAGACCCACAAGCAGCACCAACAGGCCAUUUCUGCCACCCAGGAAACCCAAGAAUUGCAACAGCCAUACUUGGGAACCUCCACUACCGGCCAGAACCAGGGAACUCUGCCACCUCCAGCCUCAGAUGGCGGAAUCAGGUUCUUCAAGAUUAGAAAGGACAAAGCCACUGACGAAGAGUCCAUCUAA